UGUAAUUGAAGAAGUUUCGUGACUAAACCAAUUGUGACUGGCUACACUUUUCGUCUUAAUAGUCACAUAUCUAUACCAUGAAUAUGUUUCGGCGAUUGUUUCAUUGUACUUCCAAUAUUUCUUUUCGCACCAGCAAAAAUAUGACAGCCAGUCAGUCUUUACUGUCAACACUAAGGAAAAAAACUGGAUAUGCUAUCACGAAUUGUAAAAAAGCAUUGGAAAUGAACAACAAUGAUAUUGAAAAGGCAGAAAACUGGCUACAUGCACAAGCACAGUCUCAAGGAUGGGCUAAAGCAGCAAAGCUUCAGAAUCGUUCAACUCCAAAUGGACUUGUAGGAAUUAUUUUAAAUACAAAAUGUGCUGCAAUGGUGGAGGUGAAUUGUGAAACAGAUUUUGUUUCAAAAAAUGAAAAAUUCCAGUCAGUAGUAACACAAACUACUAGGGCAUGUUUUAAGAAUUCAUUAGAAACACUUUUAUCCUCAGAUGUUCUUCAAGAAACACCUAUAAUCCGACUAGGAUUUAGUUCUGAACAGUUAGGAGCAUUGCAGCUAAAUAACAACUCUGAUUCCAAACUUUCAGAUUUUCUUGCACUUAACAUUGGUCUAAUUGGGGAAAAUAUGGCUGCUCGUCGAGGAGCUGCACUUUGUUCAACUAACUCGAACAUUAAGUUUGCUUCAUCUACCCAUCCAGAGCAGAUGCUCGAUGGGUCUUCCUUAGGCAAAUAUGCAGCAGUGAUUGCUUACGAAGAAGGCCAGGUUUCAUCCGAACAGGAUGAGUUAAAAGAAAUUAUCGAUAUUGAAAAACUGCCCAAACAGUUAUGCCAACACAUUAUUGGAAUGAACCCGCAAAGUUUGGAAAAAGAAGGCAAUUCUUCAAACGAAGAGGAAGCAGCGCUUUACCACCAAGAAUUUCUUGCUCAUCCAGAGUAUACUGUGCGAGAAGUUUUGGACCAUGUCGGAUGGAAAAUCAAAGCUUUCCUGCGUUUUGAAUGCGGUGAAUCCGUAUGCUGACGUCAUGAAACCAAAUCAGAGGAGACAGACCUCUAAUUUAGUUUGCAAGAUAUUCAUUUUUAGUUAAUA